CUCGCCGCUGGUAAUUCUUGCAGCCAGCCAUGGCGGGAUGUGCCUCAUGCCAUUAGAUUAGAGCCAGACCGCCCUGUUACAGUACACGUCAUUCCCAACCUCGUCUUUGCUGAGUCAUGUAUGUCGGAAACAUAGGGUGGUUGUGGAUAUUCCGCACGUGCGCUUGCGUAUAAAAGAUGACCGCAGCUUAGCAGUUGCUCCCAGGCGCCGACUGACGAUCACAGACUGAUACUCAUUGGUUUCCCUCUCAGCCCUUCGACUCCGUGCCACACGAGCGCACAGGAGGGAAUCAAUUUCUAGCUAAUAGCUACCUAGGGUGUCGUCGGUAAAGUCGAGUCGGCGUCAAGUCCUGAAGCGACCAUCAGCUGGAAUUUGGCUGGAGGAAUCGGCAGUUGCAGAAUUUCUGUUGAAAUUCCUCAAAUUGCCAUGGCUUCUGUCAGGGAGAACGAUCAGCUGGACAAGCUCGUGGUGUUCCUCGCGAAGCGCGACGGCAUCGACAAGCUGGUGAAGACGUUUCAGUAUGUCUUCAAGCUCGCGCACUGGCAACUCAGCCGAACGAACAAAGAUUUGGCCGACCGUGCUCAGAAGUUUGAGAUUGGCUGUGGGCUAAGCCGCAAGGCUUUUCGACUGGGUCGUUUUUUAACUGGUUUCAACAACCUCCGGACGACCGAAUUCUCGGACUGGAAGGUGACAACUCUCUCUGUGGUCGGAAGCGCUGGUGAAAUGGUGUAUUUCUUUUUUGAUCACCUCACGUGGAUGUCGAAAGUUGGCCUGCUCGAUCCAAAAUUAGCAGCCAAGACCGCGUAUAUCUCAGCCUAUGGCGAGUCCGUUCUGUACCUGUGUUUCAUCUCCCUGGACAUCAUCAUGAUCAAGAGGGGCAUGGAGCAGGAGAAGCAGCUCCAGGCGAAGCUUCAGGAGCUGCACCAGCGAGCAGAGACCCUUGCCUUAACAGCAAAGAACAGUCCCCGCCAUGGGAAGAGCAGCGGUGACGACGGCACCGACAGCAGCACAUGUGCUUUCAGCAACGAUGCGUCCCGGCGAAGCAGCUUCGAGAGUCAUGACUGCGGGAAGAGCAACAGCAGCCAGGGAAGUGAAGGCGAGAAUGGCUGGCUCGCUGCAGCUGCACCAGAGGGGAAGACUGCUCCUGCUGCUGCAGCUGCAGGUGGAGGGCUUGGAAGCCACAACUUGCCGCUGCUGUGUACAUGCAAAGAGGCCUGCAUUGAAGAAUUGAGAAAGCUGGAAGGUGAAGCCAUGAAGAUAAAGAUUGCGCUGAGUUCCAUCCGAAUGGAGAGGCUCAUGCGUGUGCUGAGCAUUGCAGGGCAGUUUGGAGAUCUCUUGAUUUCCGUUUCUCAAGUGGAGCCGAAUCCGGUGUGCUGCCACCCACUUACCUUGGGCUUGAGCGGAUUGCUCUCAGCAUGGACGGGCUGGUACCGUGUGUGGCCGGCCAAGUAGGAUUUGGUAUUAUAGUUGCCUAAUAAAUCGCUCUGCAGUGUUCUAUGGUUUGUAUUGUAAUCCUGUCAAAUCCUGUCAUUGACUGUUCAUGCACCU